GAUCACGGAUCAAACCUCGUCUCAUAAGUAUGUCAGCGUGGUGUCCGACAUAUGUACGCCACAGUUUUUUGUUUUAGUCUUGAUUAUGGGUGAAAAUCGCUACAUAUUUUGCUAGAUAAGUUGAAAGUUUAAUUGUCACUCGUCAAAAGAGAGGCGGAGGAGAAUGACGAACAGUGACGAAAAAAAGAAUGACGGAUUCGAAAAGGUCUACGACUACGUGGGUGGCAGUGGAUGGUUCCAAUGGAGGCUUCUCUUGAUAACCUCGCUCCAAUUGAUAAUUGUCACCUGGCAUCACAUUGGGUAUUCUUUUCUGGGCGCGGUGCCAGACCAUUGGUGCAAAAUUGAAGACUUGGAGACACGGACAAACUGGACCCUGACAGAAAUCAAAAGGCUUUCCAUUCCAAGAACAGUAAAGUCCGACUCUGGUGAAUUCUCGUAUGAUAAGUGCCAUUACUACAAUUUAAAUUAUGCCAGCUUAGCCGACACGUCGGAAUCUUUUGAGGAAGCGUUUUCUAAAACGAGCUACGAAGGUGUCGAGAUCCUCGAGUGCACACAAUGGGAUUUUGAUCGCACGAUAUACAAAACAACCAUUCCUUCCGAGUUCCAACUAGUUUGUGGACGACGAUGGAUGACAGCUACGAUUCAGUCCUCGUACAUGGCUGGAGGAUUGGUGGGAACCGUAUUCUUUGGGACGGUCUCCGACAAAUUUCUGGGAAGGCGAAAAACUAUUCUCAUAUCUCUGACCAUCGUCGUCGUGUGUGGCCUGGCAGCCGCAUUUGCAAAGUCCUACUGGAUCUUUCUGCUCCUCAGGUUCUUCACCUCGAUCGGAGUUUCGGGAUCAAUUCAAAAUUGCUUCGUUCUCGUCAUGGAGCACGCUGACAUCAAGUACCGGGCACUCUUGGGAAUGUUGGAGCAGAUUCCGUUCGCAAUUGGCUAUAUGAUUCUCCCAUUGCUGGCCUACUUCAUUCGAGACUGGGCCAUGCUUCAACUUUCCUUUGGCCUCAUAUCACUCACCCUCGUGUCCUAUUUGUGGUGGGUUCCAGAGUCGCCACGCUGGCUGGCAACGCAUGGAAAUGAGGAGGACUCGCUGAAAUAUUUACUCCGGAUGGCAAAAGUCAACAAAUUCCCAAAACCGAGCAAAGAAGCUUUGUUGGAAUAUAUUCGGCAGGCCCAUCAGCAGCCUCCUCCUCGAGAACAGGAAGAACGGGUCCUCGAGAAUGGGGAGGUCAAUCUUAAAUCCGCCUCCUCCAAAUUUAAGCACCGACUCAGAGGGGUGGCAGAAAACUUUAAAAAGCUCAUGUCCACGGCAGAAAUUCGUAAGCGUUCCUUGGUCUUCUGGACCAUUUUCCUGACUGUCUCCAUGGUCUACUACGGCCUCGUAUUCUCCACCAAUUUGACCUCAGAUCCCUUCCUUCUCGUCUUCCUUGGCGGAUUGAUGGAGAUUCCUGCCUACCUCCUCACUCCGAUUCCUGCCUCCAAGCUAGGACGAAGACCCACAACCUGUGCCACAUUUAUGUUGACGGGCGUCUGCAUGUUGGGGCUGUCUCAAAUCGAUUCUUCUUAUGAGACAACGCGGAUCGUUUUAGCCAUGCUGGCCAAGUUCUUCAUCUCAUCCACAUUCGCAAUCAUUUACCUCCUGGGAGCAGAACUGUAUCCGACCGAGAUGAGGACCACGGGCUUGGCAGUCGGCAUAUUUUGUGGUCGCCUCGGGGGCGGUUCAGCUCCUUACAUCGUGGAUCUUUUGCAACACAUUGGGAAGGACUUUGCGAGCGUUAUCUUUGGAGUUUCUGCCGUUGCUGCUGGGUUAGUGGCGCUGGGGCUGCCGGAAACAAGGGUCCUGGAAAUGGCGGACAAUGUGCACGAAGUGGAGAAGCAGGCCGUGGAGAUCAAAGAGAAAAGGAGGAUGAGCAGAAUGAGCAUCACGGAUGGACUGACACAACUCUAAUGAAAUUUUAGAAAUAGCUUUUCCAGCCAUUAAUUGGCUAAUAAAAGAAAUUGUAAACUUUA